CAUCAGCGCGCGUCGAGCGGAAAGUCAUCAGCGUGCGUCGCGCGUGACGUCAUCAGCGUGCGUCGCUCGAGGAGCGCGCGGGACGGCGCCGCCAUGAGCAGUGACCUGGACGUGUUCGUGGGGAACACGACGCUGAUCGAUGAGGAGGUGUACCGGCUGUGGCUGGACGGACACUCGGUGGCCGAGGCGGUGGCGCGCCGGCUCCGCGGGGGUGUCCUGGAGCGCGAGGGGACAUCGGUGGCCGUCCUGCAGAGCGACACCCGCGAUCACUACAGAACGUUCCAGAUGCUGGAGCGGCUCCUGCACGCGCCCCCCCGGCUCCUGCAGCAGCUGCUCUUCCAAAUCCCGCCCGACAGACAGGCCCUGCUCGUCCAGCGUUAUUACGCCUUUGACGAGGCCCUGGCCCGGGAGCUGCUGGGGAAGAAACUCUCCAAGGGCACCAAGAAGGAGCUGGACGAGGUCAGCGCCCGCACCGGGGUCGGGAUCCGCAGCUGCCGCCGCCAGUUUGACAACUUCAAGAGGGUUUUCAAGGCUGUGGAGGAGCUGCGGGGGCCCCUGGCCGAGAACAUCCAGCAGCUCUUCCUGCUGCCCCCUCCCCUCGCCCGGGACUACGCUGCCAUCGUGUUUUUUGCCAACAGCCGCUUUGAGACGGGCAAGCGGCGCCUGCAGUUCCUGAGCUUCGCCGACUUCGCCGCCUGCGCCCAGAGCAUGAUGGGGCACUGGAGCCAGGGGGCCCUGGCUCCCGAGGCGGCCGAUCCCGAUGGGGACCUGCCCAAGUCGUUCCUGCAGGACCUGAAGGAGCUGAAGGUUCUGGUGACCGACAAGGACCUGCUGGACCAGCACAAGAGCCUGGUGUGCUCAGCCCUGCGAGGGAAGAUCUCGGUCUACAACGAGCUGGAGGCCAAUUUCAAGGCGCUGUCCCGGGCGCUGGUGAACGUUGGGGGGAAGCUGACGCACGCCCGCGACGUUCGGGAUUUCUUCGUGGACCUGGUGGAGAAGGUGAGG